AUGUCACUGUUUUUUGUUCCCCUUCAGAUCGACCUGAGUUUCUUCAUUCGCCUCUUUGAACCGCUGGUGUUGAGGGCUCUCCACCAGUACCCCGUGAUCACCUGCCCCGAACUGCAGUCCAAAAUCCUCGAAUUAAUCACAGUCCUCGUCGAAUUCGGCGUCAACUACUCGGGACUAGAUGAACAGUCUGUAAGUCGAUGCUUAUACAGGGCAGAGACGGUCCCUGUCUUCACUUUGCCCCCAUCGUGCCCUUCCUCCUUACAUCUGUUACUUGUCGGUGUUAUUGCCGAAUUUUUUCGAAUGUGCGUAUUCAAUGUGUAG